CCGUAUAUUAUGAAAUUGCUUGUUUACUUCGACUCUACUUUGUUUGGAUUUUGACUGCGUUCUUCAGAAAACAGCAUAUUUUGGAAAGCAAUGGACGAUGAAGAAAUAGCGGAGCUAUUACGAGCAGAAAUAACGGACGAGCAGGCUAUUUUCUCAGAUGAAGGAGGGGACUCUGGUGCAGAGGAUGAUUUACCUUUACAAGUGGACUCCGCUUCGGUUUCUUCUACCAGGUCCGAUAACUCUUACUCUCACAAUAUAGACAGCAGUACAUCUCCUCUUACUCCAAAACAAGAUGACCUUUCAACUAGCCUACUCUCAGAUGAAGACCUGAUGUCCGCACCUCCAACAAGUAACGCUGACCCAAUUUUAUUGCUCCCUACAACUAGUAAGGCUGAUUUUUCUGUCUUAAAUUUAAGGCCAAGAAAACCCCGCUUAGUUUUAGACUUUGAGGAGACUGAGAACUUGUUUUCAGAUAAUACGGACGAAGAUCCGUCCUAUAGUCCUCCUCCAACAGCAAGUAUCAGUGGACUUAAUAAAGAGGAAAUAAAUGCAGAUCUACCUCAGGCUAAUAUAAAACAGAGCUGUACUGGCCUACUUCUAAAUGUUCCAUCUAGGCCUACUACUAAGAAAUGUUCUGUGUUAGGCAAGCCAUCACAAAAACAAAAACAAAAGGAAGGCAAUAAGUGAAAAAGCUACUAAAGCCAAGAAAAAAACAGGAAAAUACUCCCAAAUACUAUUGGUCAAAAUUUUCAAAUACACCAAUACAUUUUGAAAACAGUUCCUAUAACCAAUCUUUUGGUGUAAUACUGGAUCUAGACUACACUAAUCCAACAUUGAUUUUUCAGAAUAAUUGAUGCUGAUAUUUGUUAAUUGAUUGUGCAGGAAUCAAAUAAUUAUGCCCAACAGAACGGAACUGAACUUAAUCUCACUGUUGAAGAGUUUUAUGCUUUCCUUGGCAUUUUAAUUUUUAUGGGAUUCCACCAUUUGCCUUCGAUUUGUUUGUAUUGGUCCCAAGAUGAAAAUUUUCACGUGGACAGAAUUUCUCGAGUGAUGCCUUUGAAGAUAUUUUUAAAAAUACUUCGCUUUUACACAUCAACAACAACAACAACAAAAUGCCAAAAAUUGGCUCUCCUGAAUUUGACAAACUAUUCAAACUAAGACCUUUACUUGACCAUCUUUCCAAAAAAUAUUCUGAGAUGUUUGCCCCCUCUAGAUUCUUAGCGAUUGAUGAGAGUAUGGCUGCUUCCAAAGGCAGGAGUACGUUGAAACAGUACAUGCCAAAGAAACCAAUAAAACAUGGUUUCAAAAUAUGGGCUCUGGCAUGUGCUGUUUCAGGCUUCUUACUGAAGUUUGAAGUAUACACUGGUAGGAAAGAUUGCAACCCAGAAUUAUGACUUGGAGCAAAUGUUGUAAACUUUUUAUCAGAGCCAUUCACUGAACAAAAUAGGUGUUUAUAUUUUGAUAACUUUUUCAGUUUUGUCCAUCUUUUUGACUCUUUAUUAGCAAAAAAACUUUUACAUGUGGUACCAUCAGAUGGGAUAGGGCGGAAUAUCCUCUUAAAUUACUGAAAGCCAAUAAUAAGCUGCAAAAACUGUGACAGGUCAAAUUACGACAUUUAAAUAUUCGCGGGGAAUUAGCAGACUGUGACGUCAGUAAAUCACAUGUUAUCGGAAUUGAGAUUUAUUUAAUU